AUGGCUGAGAAGAAGGUCCCCCUGAAUAGUAUUUCUCUCAUCUUUGCCUGUGGAACGGCUCUGUUUUCUGAUGGUUAUGCCAACAAUGUCAUUGGUUCUGUUCUGGAACGCAUAUACGGCACUGGUUCCGGCGGCAUCACUACAAACUACAGCACCACACUCUCUAGCGUCGCCUUCGCAGGCACCGUGGUGGGUAUGCUCAGCUUUGGCUAUCUCUCCGACAAAGUUGGGCGCAAAUUCGGUAUGAUGUCCGCAACUGGGAUCGUUGCAAUAUUUUCUGGUCUUUCAGCUGCUUCGUCUGGUGCUAAUCACAGCCUCGAUGGCAUGCUUGCUAUGCUUAUUGCAUGCCGCUUCCUUCUUGGAAUUGGCGUCGGCGCUGAAUACCCUUGCGGUUCCGUGUCUGCAUCUGAACAGUCGGAGGAAGAGGGCAUUGCUAAGAACUCGCAACACCGAUGGCUGGUGCUCGCAACGAACUCUAUGAUCGAUGCCGGUUUCGUUAUUGGAGCAUUCGUACCAUUAGUACUUUACUGGAUAUUCGGGGACAACCACCUUCGUGCCGUCUGGCGCCUCUCGCUUGGGCUUGGUGUAGUUCCUGCUGUUGCUGUCUUCUUUUGGCGGCUGCGCAUGGAGGAACCUAAUCGCUACAAGCGCGAUUCAAUGAAACAUGUCCGUAUCCCAUACAGACUGGUCAUUAAAAGAUACUGGCGUGGCCUAUUUGGUAUCUCGCUGGUAUGGUUCAUCUAUGACUUCAUCACGUAUGUCUACAACCGCUUCCAUGCAUUCUUGACUAGUUGCUCACAUACCUCCAGAUACCCAGUAUGCUUCUAUUGGACGAUGACGAACUUCCAGAGCUCACAUUCUGCAGGCACCGUUGUGGGCGCCUUCUUCGUUGAUCUUUUGGGUCCAAAGGUCACUAUAAUCACUGGCCUUCUCGCGCAAGCAGUCGUUGGAUUUAUCAUGAGUGGCCUUUAUACCCAACUGUCACAACACAUUGGCGCUUUUGCUGUGGUGUACGGCAUCUUCCUGAGCUUCGGCGAGUUUGGUCCUGGAAACUGCCUUGGUGUAUUGGGUGCAAAGUCCGGACCUACUGCUGUGCGUGGCCAGUAUUACGGUUUUGCAGCUGCUGUUGGAAAAAUCGGCGCAUUUAUUGGAACUUGGGUGUUCCCUAUCAUAGUCACGGAUUUUGGUGGCUCAAGUUCAGCUAAAGGGAACACUGGCCCCUUCUGGAUUGGCAGCGGUCUUGCCAUCCUGAGCGCAAUCGUUGUUUACUUUUUUGUGACACCCUUGGACCACGAUGGUAUGAAGGAAGAGGAUGCGAAGUUCCGGGAAUACCUCGAAGCGCACGGUUUCGAUGUCUCACUUAUGGGUCUUCCUGAAAUUGAAACCGUGUCAUAUGCGGAAGGCCAAGAGAUAAGUUCAGCGAUCAAGGACACAGACUCAGAGACCAAAGUGUAG